CCGCACUAAAACUUUCUACGAGAAAAUUUUUGUAUACUAAUCUUUCAACCUUUUGUCAAAUUUGCCGCAGCAAAAAAAAAGGAAGAAAAUUUUUCAAAUUUGCCUGGAAAAAGGGUGAAAGCUCCAGUUUUUCCACAAAAUAAGAGAGAGAGAGAGCCUGCCCAUUGCCCACUUCCCAGAAUGAGCACUGUUUACUGUGGUGGGUGAAUUAGGGUUCAUUCUGUUGGGAAUUCAAGCUUCCGAUUUUAUUCGAGGAAGAUUACGGGUCGGAAUAUCUUCACUCGUUAACGAUGGAUUGGGCGUUUGUGCACAGAUCUUGGGAGAAAUGGGUUUCGGGAAAUGUCGGCUCUUCCGGCGAUCCUUUGAAGGCUGCUGUUUUAAUCAACUACGACCCUACAGGACCUUCUCGUCUUCUAUCUACGAUUGCUGAGCAAGAGGGGAUAAAACUGUAUCCUGUUGACUUGAGGCAAUUCAUCGAUUUCAUAAGACGCGGCAAUCUUCCAACCGAGACUUUUGUUCUCGGGUCUAACCAAUAUUUGGUGACCUCUGUUCACGAGAACUGGUUUGCUGCACGGUGCUUAAACACGACCCAGCCUGCUGGGGAAGGUGCCAUCGUCUUGCAAACAUCAGCUCAUGUCUUGGUCGCUCUGUAUGACGGCUCGAUUGGUUCAGCCUCUCGUGCUAUGGCUGCAGUCGAUCAAUUUGCCUGGCAGCUUAGUCGGAAAAGCCUCUAACUUUCAACACCCACGACGGCCAGUAAGAGGAAUCAAUCAUAUGCAAACUUAGCAGGCUUUAUUACCGGAGUAACUGGUAUGCUGUUGUAUGAUAUCUGUUGUUCAAUCACACGAUCUUUGGCUCCAAUUCAUCUUACCGAGUAUCUCCAUGAAACUGAAAACCAAUCAAAUACAAAUCUUCUUCGCUGUUCUAUUUCUCUUCGUACUGGUUACUGGCCUGAGUUGAUCAACGAAGACCAGAGGGGAUAUUAUCAAUGGAGAUACUAAAGGAGGAUUGAGUUUCAAAAGGGUCACUGCAAAAACACAGUUUGGUGUAUAUUUCUGCAUCAAUAUGUAGCUUUUGGAAGACAUUACCAUUUAUUUUUAUAAAAAAAAAUAUUUCCGUUUGAAUUGUUUCAGCUA